CGAAGAAGAAGAUAGCCAAACCUACACAAACCGCUUCUUUCCGUCCUCUCUCAGGGGUAGAUUCUCAUGCUGCACAGGACUUGUACUACUGUCUCUUUGACUUUUCGGAUUUUCUACGAGAAGGCAUUACUUGAGUUUGAAAAGCAUAGAUGGCAUGGCAGUGAGCUUGCUCUUCCUGAACCUUCUAGAGUUGAGAUUCGGGCUGAUGGUAGUCAAACUUGUGGAUCAGGCAGGACACUAAGGGAUGCUGCAGCAGUGCAGCUCGUGCCAUGCAGGGUUGGCACUCUCAAUGCCUUUUUGGAAAUGGCGAGGAGAAGCAUUUGAGUACUAUGCCAAAAAGCGACAAGCAGCUCAAGAGCUCUGGUUUGUUAAAGCGGAAAAAGCUAUCUCCUGGGGAUUGUGCUGCCCAGAUUACUGACAUGAAAGCGACAAAGCCACGGUUAGAUAUGAAGGUAUUCGAUAUUGGACAGCCAGCAGAUUGGGUGAAAAUUAACGUGAAACGAUUUAGCGACUGCUUUGAGGUAUGUGCCCUAGUUCCUGGACUUCUGCGUGAGGAGCUUAGCUAGUAAACUAGUUUAUUAACAGUAUCUCUCUCUUUUUCAACUAUUAUCUUUGUUUUUGUUGUUAAAGUUGGGAUGUUUUUCCCCAGAUCGAAUUACGCAUAUGAUAAUUUUACUACCUUAUAACAGAGGACGUCUAAAACAACAAAGGUAGGAAUGUAGUUUAUCAACCUUGGAUACUUUUUUGUCAAAGAUGUGACCCGCUUCCGCUUGUUAUAUUCCUAAUGUAGCGGAAGCAAGCAAGAGAACCAAUGCCUGGUAAAAACCAAGGGUCGUAGAGAGCCCUCUCUGUAAGGACCUUGAAUCUCAAGCGAAAGUU